GCAGCACUGCUCGGACUUGAAUUACCUUUAAUCAUCGAUAUUACUAAUUACUCUCGAAAGGUGUCUCUCUCUCCAUCAUAUAAAUAAACUUAUUCAAUCUCAAUGUCGGUAGCUUGGCGCACUCACUCAGUUUAAUAUCGUGGGUAAAAUGUUAAGAUUAAUGGGUUCCGGAAACUCGAACUAUAAUAGUAUAACGAGAUAUACCUUUGCUAGCCGUUAAACCCGUAACGUUCGAUCGUAUAAGAGCUGUAGUCUUAGUCUAGUCUGCCAUUCCUUAAAAAUACCAUCACAUCAGGGGGGGAUUGGUAUUAAAUAAAGUUUAGUUUAUAAGUGAAUCGUGUUGCGAGUAGACGCGUGUUUCGAAGAUCGUAAUAAAAACUUAGUGUCAAAUUUUCGACAAAAUAUUUAAUCAGGAAAAAUUUUUAAAAAUGGGUAAACCUCGUUAUCAAUCGACGAAAAUCGAUAACGAUGACGAUGAAGAAGAUUUAGAAAGUGUAGCCUUGAAAUUUGACAAAAUUUCAUACUUAAUUGGGGAUUGCGGGCUGUGGCAGUCAAUGUGGGUGAUAAUUUUGUCCAUGUUCCAGUUGGUUUGCACUUUUCAUAUAUUUUCGUUUGUUUUUCAGACAAUGCAAAAGGACUUCUGGUGUGCCCGCCCUGAUGAAAUGUCAAAUAUGACAGUUGAGAGUUGGAAAAAUCUAACCCAACCGCAAGGAGCCUGUUCGAUAAUUGAUUUCAGAUCCUCCAACGUAAUCGAAUCAAAUCCAUAUGACUACCUUCAGCUGACGGGGACAGCUGCCAACAUGACAAAAUGUAAAACUUUCGAGUUCUCCUACGAGGACUAUGGUUUGACAAUUGUCGAAGAAUACGGACUCGUCUGUGAUCGUCAGAAUCUUUUGAGUGUCGUUGAAAUGUGCUUCCUUGCGGGAGCAGCUGUGGGCAGUGUUUGCAGUGGAUGGAUAUCCGACCGUUUUGGCAGAAAGCACACUCUUAUGGGUUUUGCCUUAGUCCAAACCAUGUUGGGAACCCUUCUUGCAUUCUCAACAUCCCUGGCUAUGUUCAUGACGUUGAGAGUCAUAAUUGGAUUUGCAUCGAUGACCGUUGCUGUGGUUAGUUUUGUUCUAGUGGUUGAAUUGGUCAGCGGCAAAUGGCGAACAAUAAUUGGUAUCCUGAAUAUCCUUCCGGUGGCGAUAUCCUAUAUCCUGACGUCGGGUAUUGCUUAUUUAACGCGUGACUGGCGCCUUAUGCAAUUGGUUAUAUCGGUGCCAUGGAUUGCAUUGCUAUUCAUUUGGUAUUGUGUCCCAGAAUCACCACGCUGGCUGUUAGCCCGAGGUCGGCUGGAUGAAUUGGUUGAGCUGAUUGAACGUGCGGCAAGGAUGAAUGGUCGAACGCUUCCAUCGAAUUAUCGGAAAUCACUUGAAGCCAACCUGAGGGAAGCAACUGCACCACUCUCGUCGUCGUCAUCAUCAUCCUCUUCAACACCAUCAACAGCUAUCCUGAUGAUGGGUGGUGUAAAACAAAGUGAGGCUGAUGGUUGCCAUUCAGUUAAUGGAACUGCUGGUAAAACUCUUCCAACUAUGCCAACACCUGUACCUGUGAAUGUUGUACCUGAAAUAUCCGAUAUAAGCACCAAGAGUCCCUUGGUCGUUGUAUUCAACAAAGACUACUGGCGUACAACCGUACUCACUCUGAUUGUAUGGCUGACAUUGAUUAUCAUCUAUUUUGGAUUGACAUUGCAUCUGAGCAAUCUCGGUGGCAACGUUUAUUUGAAUACGGCAAUUGCAGGUCUCGUUGAAUCCAUAUCUAUCUGCGCUAGCAUCGUUGUCGUGCUCAAACUAGGUAUUCGAAAAAAUCUCAUAGCCUACAUGCUCAUCUCUGGCUUGUGUUGUCUAGCAGUCAAUUUAGUUCCGGGUGGGAAUCUCUAUGGCGUCAUUGGAUUAGCAAUGAUAGCUAAAUGUGUUAUCGGAGCCAACAAUGCAAUCAUCCCAACUUUCACCGCACAACAAUAUCCAACGGUUGUGCGAAACUUCGGCCUUGGGAUGGGCAACCUAGCUGCUGGCGUAGCCCUGAUACUUGUUCCGUAUAUGUGGUUACUGGAGCACGUAUCGCCAUUGCUACCUUUAACCAUAAUGGGUGUUUGUGGUAUUGUUGGAGCUGGAGCUUUGAUGAUGAUGAAAGAUGUUUCCACAGAUGCAGAAUGAGGAUGAUGAUCAUCAAAGGGGAGCUGGCUGGGAGUAAGGAGGCGGUCAUGGGACUCGCCUAUAUAAAUAUACAUAAGUUGUUGUACUGUGAUAGAGGACAUCACACACAAAGAAUAUAUUUUCUUCCUUGAGAAAAAUAUAAAACUUUGGUGGGAUAUACCUUUCUUGGUUAAAUGGUUAAGUUUUAUUUUCUUUUUCUUAUAUUAAGUUCUAUGCAGUAUUUUUUGUUAGAGUUAAGAGAAUUAAUUUUAAGUUGUAAAUUUAAUAAAAAUAAAGUUAAAUUACUUGUUUUAAGUUGUAUGUGGUAA